GGCGCGCUGCCCUGUGACGUCGCGAGCGAGCGAGGGACAGUAACGUUUCCGAGAGCGCGAGGAAGGAGAGGGAGGCUCCGCGAGCCGUCGUCGUUUGUGUGUUGCUACCGUGUUUAUUUAUUUAUUUAUUUGCCGAUAUUACAUCAUAUAUAUUCAGUCCUGACCGGCUUCCACAGAGGAUGCUCUCAUGAGCCGUUUGAUUCCCAUCGAUAUUUCGUAUUUAUUUUUCACCUGCAAGUCUUUUAGGCGACGGAAUCAUGGCAAGUUCGCUAGCGUCUGAUGUUCGUGCGAUCUGGGGAAAACGACAAUCAGACACACGUUUGUAAACAGUUGUGUGUGAACGUUUACGUCUAGCGCAGCUUUAUUUUGCGUGUCCGCUUUAUUUAAUUUGUUGUCACUCGCUGUAAUCGAGCAAUACAUUCACGCGAAGCACACCUGUAUAUCUUGUUCUCUAAUUACUAUUAUUAUUUGUUUAAUUGUAAAACAUUUGACUGUUAUUUAAGCACACGAAUAUUUAAAAGCAAUUGUGCAAGGUUAAUCUCGCACACAAGCGACGCACGCAAUAUUAAUCGUACGAGAGCAAUUUCACGCGCACAGAGGCAGUUGAAGUUUAAUACGUAGUGAACGCCUAGCGCGAGCAAUUAAAAGAGCAUAUUUAUUUACCUGUCGUCUUACUAGUACGCACACGUACACACGCGCGCGCACAAACACGCGUUGGCUAUAUCAAGCAUCCCUCAAGGACCAUCUCCACAGACCGUUCCCAAACGAGCCUGCACGACGCAGUGGAAGAAUGGCCCUCUUGUUUAUUCUGUGGCUUCUCCUCUGGACAUUUUCCCUCGCCCUGGCCUCACGUAAUACGACCGCAGGUUGUGCUAUCAUUCGCCCGCCAAGAGAUGGAGGGAUCAGAUACAGGGGUCUGACACAGGAACAGAUCCGCAGUGUUCAGGUGUUGCCGGUGGAUUAUGAAAUCGAGUAUAUCUGCAGAGGGAACAGAGUGAUCGUGGGGCCAAAGGUCAGGAAGUGUCUCCCUGACGGCACAUGGACUGACCUGAACCAGCGCAGCAAAUGCUUGCUGCCGUGUGCGCGGGUGUGGACGUCUCUGGAGAACGGCCGUGUGACGGUUCACCCUCCAGGCCCAGCGGUGGAGGGCACUAUACUGCACUACAGCUGUCUGGAGGGUUUCAUCCUGGUGGGCAGAAACAGCACUCAGUGCACUAAACUGGGCAAGUGGGACUCACCCAAACCUGUCUGCCACUAUGACAGACAUUAUACAGGCAAGAAGAAGCUCUACAUCGGAGCCCUGUUCCCGAUGAGCGGCGGAUGGCCGGGUGGCCAGGCUUGCCUCCCUGCUGCCCAAAUGGCCCUGGAUCUGGUGAACAAGAGAACGGAUAUUCUUCCGGAUUAUGAGCUUGAAUUAAUCUACUAUGACAGUAUGUGUGAUCCUGGUGAGGCUACGAAGCUGCUGUAUGACCUGCUGUACACGGAGCCCAUAAAGAUCGUCCUGAUGCCAGGCUGCAGCUCUGUGUCCACACUGGUGGCCGAAGCCGCACGCAUGUGGAACCUCAUAGUGUUGUCCUACGGAUCCAGUUCACCAGCACUCUCCAACCGUCAGCGUUUCCCCACCUUCUUCCGCACGCACCCCUCAGCCACAUUGCACAACCCCACCCGUGUGCAACUCUUCCAGAAGUGGAAGUGGACCAAAAUCGCCACCAUCCAGCAAACCACCGAAGUCUUCACCUCUACUCUGGAUGAUCUAGAGCAGAGGGUGAAGGAGGCAGGCAUUGAGAUCAGCGUGAGGCAGAGUUUCCUCACGGACCCUGCUGUGGCCGUCAAGAACCUCAAGCGGCAAGAUGCUCGCAUCAUUGUGGGCCUGUUUUACGAAACGGAAGCCAGGAAAGUGUUUUGUGAGGUCUAUAAGGAGAAGCUGUAUGGGAAAAAGUAUGUGUGGUUUCUGAUUGGCUGGUAUGCUGACAACUGGUUUAAGAUCAAAGAUCCAUCCAUCAACUGCACUGUGGAGCAGAUGACAGAAGCUGUGGAGGGUCAUGUGACCACUGAGAUAGUCAUGCUUAAUCCGGAGACGGUGCGAGGGGCCUCUAACCUGACCUCACAGGAGUUCCUAGCACAGCUGAUGUCCAAACUGGGUGGGAAGAAUCCAGAGGAAACCGGAGGGUUUCAGGAAGCUCCUCUGGCGUAUGAUGCGGUUUGGGCUCUGGCUCUGGCUCUCAAUAAGACAGUGGGGCCUUUGAAGGCAAAAGGACGAAGAUUGGAAGAUUUUAAUUACAAUAACAAGGACAUUACUGCGGAGAUCUACCGAGCCCUCAACACCAGCUCCUUCGAGGGGGUUUCGGGUCAUGUGGUGUUUGACGCCCAGGGCUCCAGAAUGGCAUGGACCCUCAUCGAACAGCUGCAAGGAGGAAGCUACAAGAAGAUUGGAUACUUCGAUAUGACCAAAGGCAAUCUCUCUUGGUAUGGGAACGACAGGUGGAUAGGCUCUGAUCCACCUGCUGACCAAACGGUGGUGAUUCAGAAGUUCAGAUAUCUGUCACAAAAACUCUUCGUCUCGGUGUCUGUUUUCGCUGGCUUGGGCAUUUUAAUGGGGAUCGUUUGCCUCACCUUUAACAUCUACAAUAGCAACGUCAGGUACAUUCAAAACUCCCAGCCAUACCUGAAUAACAUGACGGCAGUGGGCUGUAUGAUGGCUCUGGCUGCAGUUUUUCCUCUGGGAAUUGAUGGACUGCAUGUACGCAACUCUCAGUUUCCUGUGGUCUGUCAGUUCCGCUUGUGGCUGCUUGGACUUGGCUUCAGUUUGGCUUAUGGAAGCAUGUUCACAAAGAUCUGGUGGGUUCACACGGUGUUCACAAAGAAGGACGAGAAGAAAGACAAGAGAAAGCAGCACCUGGAGCCAUGGAAGCUCUAUGCCACCGUGGGAGUCCUGCUGGUUAUCGACAUCCUGUCCCUUAUGAUUUGGCAGAUUGUGGAUCCCCUGCACAUCACAGUGGAGAAAUUCACUAAAGAAGCACCUAAAGGGGACGUGGAUCAGCUGAUCGAGCCUCUGCUGCAGCACUGCAGUUCAGAGAAGAUGAACACAUGGCUUGGUGUCGUUUAUGGCUAUAAGGGUUUGCUGCUCCUUCUGGGUAUUUUUCUGGCUUAUGAAACCAAAUCUGUGUCCACUGAAAAAAUAAAUGAUCACCGAGCUGUUGGGAUGGCCAUCUACAACGUCUCUGUGUUGUGUAUGAUAACGGCUCCUGUCACCAUGAUUCUGUCGUCUAAGCAGGACGCCUCGUUCGCCUUCGCCUCGCUGGCCAUCAUCUUCUCCGUCUACAUCACUCUAGUUGUCCUCUUCGUCCCUAAGAUGCGGAGGCUUAUCACUCGUGGUGAAUGGCAGUCGGACCAGCAGGAGACCAUGAAGACUGGAUCAUCCACAAACAACAACGAUGAAGAGAAAUCCCGCCAGCUGGAGAGAGAGAACAAAGAGCUGCAGAAGAUCAUCCAGGAGAAAGAGGAACGUGUAUCAGAGCUGAGAAACCAGCUGUCAGAGCGCCAGGCCCUGCGCUCCAGGAAACGCCCCACCUCCUCCAGUCAGAACCACAGCUCUCCAUCUCUCCCCGCUCCUCAGAACGAUCCCAAAUCGCUCCUCCCGCCUCCAGGAUACCCCCUCCCUGCCUCCGACAACCACUCCCUCCCUCCCACCUUCUCCAACACCUCCACCCUCUACCAGCCCGACGGCAAGAUCAACCGCAACAGCUGCCACCCCGGCCGACUGCAGCUCCUCUACAAGUGAACCGCGAGGAACUGGGAUCAAAUGCGAGUGGGGACACAGCGAACUGAAAGGGGGGAGAAAAACAAGCUACCUUGAUUGACACUUGCUGUGAUUAUAGGGAGGUUAUACACAGGAGGCUCUAGAGUCUGGCUUUGAUUUGCAUCAUUUGAUGUGUCACCGUAUUUGAAAACCACACAUGCUAUGAACCAUUUCAGUGUUCAGAUGAGUAACCCUCAGCUGAUUUUGACUCGGAAAAUUGUGGACGAAUGAUAACAUGCUAAGAACAUCAUUAUUCCCUUAAGAUACUAAUAUUUUGGAAUCUAUUAAUAUUGUAAUACCACAAUUUUUCGAUACGUUUAUCUUUUUUGUUCAUGUUUCCUACAGUUCAAUCAGGUUGUCUGAAUAUAAGCCAUGACGCACCAAGCUGACAUCGGCCAGAGUCAGGCCAUCGUAGAGCAUCAGUCAGACUAGUUUUUGUGGUGUGUUCAGCAACGUUGGCACUAUUCAGAUCUAUAGGGGGCCUUUUGGCCAAUUAACCAUUAUCCUUCAUUGAGAGAGAACUCUGAUUGGCUGAUCGGUUUAACAUUCAAGUGCAUGAUAACAAAAGCAAAAGUCGUGAAUGCAAGAAAAGAAGUCAAGACUGCGCAGAUCGAAGGCUGUUCUAAUUUUUUGUCAUCUGAACAUCCAAUGACCAAAUAUUUUCACAUUUUUCAUCUGGAAUAAAAAAA